GAUACUGGAUAUGAUCAAAGUUGAUGUGGAAAAGUCCCUUUUGUUAUCAGACAAAUUUGAUGAGUUACAGGGGUCAUAAAGAACCAGGAUUCUUUGUGAGAAAGAAAGGUCACAAUGUACCUCUGAGUGAGAUCGACUAAGCUCUCCAAGUUCAAGAGAAACCUAUAAGUGAAGCCAUGCGAUACUCAUGACCAAACAAUCUCUUAUACAUGGUGAAUUGAAGAUUACACCUAUAGCUCCAUGAGAUCAUGCUUCCACCACUCAUUCCACCAAGCCAUAUGCAUUUGGGGUUCAAACUUGGCCUCUUGCUUUCACCCGAUUCCAAGUUUGCGAGGGAGUACUAGAGACAAGCCCAAAGCAAAGUCAUCAAGCCCAGUAUAAUUUUUUAAGCCCAUGUGUUUAGGGUUCUCCUUACUAAGUAGCUUCAUAUAAAUAAGUACUGAUAGUGAUGUUAUGUGUUUAGCUUUGUAACUUUGGCUGCACAGUUGAAGCAUCUCCCUUUCUCAUUUUAAAUUAAAUACAACUGUGUUUUUUGACUCUUGCAGACAAGUUAAUUGUCUUCCUCUCUUUAGUUUAUUAGUCAUUCAAUAGAACUCUAUCAGCUAUUAGUCUUUCAAUAAAGCUCUACAGAGCCAUAAUCUUUCUAGUUUCAUAAAUGUUAUCAAAUGGAGGGCGGAUUUUUUCCAUGAAUUUCAAGUUUUCUCUUAAACCAAGUUCUUCCGAAAAUGCAUUAGCUUCCAUUUUGAUGUUCCCACAAUUUGGAAAUUUGGCGCAUGAUAAUUUUUAGUAUAGAAACAAGGCAAAACCAAUAAAGGAAAAUGAAAUAGUUGGGAGAUUUGGAUGUGUUUUUGUGUUAGAUGUUGGUAAUGCCUAAAAUUAACCAACGAAAAGGUGACGUAGUACACAAAUAUAGCAACACUAACUAUCACAACCACAACCACAAUUAUCUUUUUCUCAUUCUUUUUCUCUUUCUCUUUCUCUUUCUUUUUCUUACCUAUUUCUAAACAUAGCAAGCCUGAGAAAGAAACACACACAAAAACCAUUGUCUUUAGUCCUUCCUAACUGUUUUUCAGAGAUAAACAAAACGUGAGUUCCCUAAAUUUCUCUUGACCAAAAGAAACAAUUUUGCAACAAGAAAAAAUCGUGAAAAUGGCAUAAAAAAUGGUGAUGCUAUAGGCCAAGGGAAAAAGAAUAAGAAGGUAGAAGAGGCAAAGGACAUGGAAGACAGUCGCAGAGGAUCAUCUUCAACACCACAAUCUCGAAGAAUCAUGGUGAUUGCCGACCCAACCCGUGAAUCCGCAGCUGCUCUUCAAUACGCUCUUUCACAUGCCGUGCUUGAGCAAGAUGAGCUUAUCCUCGUCCAUGUUGAAAACAAUGGUGGCUCAUGGAAAAAUGCUUUCUCCAGUUUUUUGAGAUUACCAAGCUCCAGCUCCUCCUCAAACACCAGCGGGUCCUCACCAGGAGCUGCUAAUUUUAAUCCUAGCACAGCAAACUCGGCUUCAUCUUUGGCCUCAGAAAUUGGUCAGGGAGAAGGAAAUUUUCUUGAACAGAUGAGACGUAUAUGUGAAGUCGCUCAGCCAAAGGUGCCUGUGCACACCGAGUGUAUAACCAUGGAAGGCAUCAAAGCUGCAGCUAUUCUUCUUCACGGAGAGAAACUUGGGGUUGAUGUUAUAAUCAUUGGUCAGCGGAGGACAAUCUCAUCCUCCCUUCUAGGAUCUAGGCGACCUGGAGGGUCUCUAAGAGGGUCAAAAGGAGUAGACACAGCGGAAUAUCUAAUCGAGAAUAGCAAAUGCACAUGUGUUGGUGUGCAGAAGAAAGGUCAAAAUGGAGGGUAUGUUCUAAACACCAAGACCCACAAGAACUUUUGGCUCUUGGCGUGAUCAUGCUCAAUGCUCCUAGUCAGUUUCAUAAUUCAUAAAUGUAGCUAAAAAGGAAAUUAUUAAAAUUUACCUGUCAUCUUCACUUGCUUGUUUCAUGAUCUCUAACUUCAGUAGAUGAAGUGUUAUGGAGGCAAACAUAAAUGAACUAUUUAUUUUACCAGGUUCAAUGUUAGCCAGA